CCGUGACGUGUUCCCCAGGGCUCCCCGCCCCGGGCUAGGCUGCGAAGUUGCGGAUCCGGUUUGGUCGGGCGGGUCGGCUGCUGGGAAGAAAUACACGGAGCCCCAGGGGCUGCGGCGGCGGCGGCAUGGUGGGGCUGGAGAAGGAGCAGAGCUGGAUCCCUAAGAUCUUCAGGAAGAAAGUGUGCACGACGUUCAUAGUGGACCUCUGCGAUGAUUCGGGAGGGACCUUGUGCCAGUGUGGGAGGCCUCGGGACGUCCACCCAUCUGUGGCCGUGGAGGAUGCCUUCGGGGCAGCCGUGGUUUCGGAGUGGAACAGUGAUGAGCACACUACCGAGAAGCCCACAGAUGCCUACGGCGACCUGGACUUCAUGUAUUCCGGCAGGAGGCCCAGCAACUUCCUCCGGCUGUCUGACCGCACAGAUCCGGCCACUGUGUACAGUCUCGUCACCCGCUCUUGGGGCUUUCGUGCCCCAAACUUGGUGGUGUCAGUACUGGGGGGAUCGGGGGGCCCCGUGCUCCAGACCUGGCUGCAGGACCUUCUGCGUCGUGGGCUGGUGCGAGCUGCCCAGAGCACAGGGGCCUGGAUUGUGACAGGGGGACUGCACACAGGCAUAGGCCGCCACGUGGGUGUGGCUGUGAGGGACCACCAGAUGGCAAGCACCGGGGGCAGCAAGGUGGUUGCCAUGGGUGUAGCCCCCUGGGGUGUGGUCCGGAACAGAGAUAUGCUGAUCAACCCUAAGGGUUCAUUCCCUGCGAGGUACAGAUGGCGUGGUGAUCCUGAGGAUGGAAUUGAGUUCCCCCUGGACUACAACUAUUCUGCCUUCUUCUUGGUGGACGACGGCACUCAUGGCCGCCUGGGCGGUGAGAACCGUUUCCGCCUUCGGUUUGAGUCCUAUGUGGCUCAGCAGAAGACUGGCGUGGGAGGGACUGGAAUUGACAUCCCUGUACUACUUCUUCUCAUCGAUGGUGAUGAGAAGAUGCUGAAGCGGAUAGAAGAUGCCACUGAGCUUCGGCUCCCCUGCCUCUUGGUGGCCGGCUCUGGGGGUGCUGCAGACUGCCUGGUGGAGACCCUGGAAGAUACUCUGGCCCCAGGGAGUGGGGGACUGAGGCGAGGCGAAGCCCGAGAUCGGAUUAAGCGGUACUUCCCUAAGGGAGACCCCGAGGUCCUACAGGCCCAGGUAGAGAGGAUCAUGACCCGGAAGGAGCUGCUGACGAUCUAUUCUUCGGAAGACGGCUCUGAGGAGUUUGAGACUAUCGUUUUGAGGGCGCUUGUGAACGCCUGUGGGAGCUCUGAGGCCUCAGCGUACCUGGAUGAGCUGCGUUUGGCUGUGGCUUGGAACCGUGUGGACAUUGCUCAAAGUGAACUUUUCCGCGGAGACAUCCAGUGGCGGUCUUUCCACCUGGAGGCCUCUCUCAUGGAUGCCCUGCUGAAUGACCGGCCUGAGUUCGUGCGCUUGCUCAUUUCCCACGGCCUUAGCCUGGGACACUUCCUGACCCCCCUGCGCCUGGCCCAGCUCUACAGCGCGGUGUCCCCUAACUCACUCAUCCGGCUUCUUCUGGACCAGGCGUCACACGGUGGCAGCGGCAGAGCCCCACCUAUAAAAGACGGGGCCGCGGAGCCCCGGCCUCCUAAUGUGGGGCAAGUUCUGAGGACACUGUUGGGAGAAACAUGCGCACCGCGGUACCCGGCCAGGAACACCCGAGACUCCCAGCUGGGCCAGGACUGCAGAGAGAAUGAUCAACUGCUUUUGGACUGGGCCUCCAUGCAACCAUCAGCGGAUGCCAGCUUCGAACAAGCGCCCUGGAGUGACCUGCUCAUUUGGGCUUUGUUGUUGAACCGAGCCCAGAUGGCCAUUUAUUUCUGGGAGAAGGGCUCCAACUCGGUGGCCUCGGCCCUUGGGGCGUGUCUCCUUCUCCGGGUGAUGGCUCGUCUGGAGUGGGAGGCCGAGGAGGCGGCCCGACGGAAAGACCUGGCAGCCAAGUUUGAGAGCAUGAGUGUGGACCUCUUUGGAGAGUGCUACCACAACAGUGAGGAGCGAGCCGCGCGCCUGCUUCUCCGCCGCUGUCCCCUGUGGGGAGAGGCCACCUGCCUUCAGCUUGCCAUGCAGGCCGAUGCCCGUUCGUUCUUUGCCCAGGAUGGGGUGCAGUCUCUGCUGACGCAGAAGUGGUGGGGGGAGAUGGACAGCACCACGCCCAUCUGGGCCCUGCUUCUCGGCUUCUUCUGCCCGCCCCUCAUCUACACCAGCCUCAUCACCUUCAGGAAGUCUGAGGAGGAGUCCACACAGAAGAACCCUGACUUGGACAUGGACAGCAGCAUCAAUGGAGCUGGUCCUGUCGGGCUGACCCCCGGGCUGUAUGACUUGGGACGCACGGUCCUCUGCCUUGACUUCAUGGUCUUCACGCUGCGGCUGCUGCACAUCUUCACAGUGAACAAGCAGCUGGGCCCCAAGAUUGUCAUCGUGAGCAAGAUGAUGAAGGACGUCUUCUUCUUCCUCUUCUUCCUCUGCGUAUGGCUUGUGGCUUAUGGGGUGGCCACAGAGGGGAUCCUGAGGCCCCAGGACCGGAACCUAUCGAGUAUCCUGCGCCGCGUCUUCUACCGUCCCUAUCUGCAGAUCUUUGGGCAAAUUCCCCAGGAGGAGAUGGACGUGGUCCUCAUGGUUCCAAGUAACUGCUCUGAGGAGCAGGGCUCCUGGGCUUACCCGGAGGGGCACGACUCGGGCUUCUGUGUGUCCCAGUAUGCCAACUGGCUGGUGGUGCUGCUCCUCGUCGUCUUCCUGCUGGUGGCCAACAUCCUGCUGCUCAAUCUGCUCAUCGCCAUGUUCAGCUACACCUUCAGCAAAGUGCAAGACAACAGCGACCUCUACUGGAAAGCCCAACGCUACAGCCUCAUCCGGGAAUUCCACUCUCGGCCCGCGCUGGCCCCGCCCCUCAUCAUCAUCUCCCACGCGCGCCUCCUCAUCAGGUGGCUGCGCAAGUGUCAUAGGGCUAACUUGCCGUCCUCCCCAGCCUUCGAGCACUUCCGUGUCUAUCUCACCAAGGAAGCGGAACGGAAGCUGCUGACCUGGGAGUCCGUACACAAAGAGAACUUCUUACUGGCACAGGCUCGCGACAAGCGGGACAGUGACUCGGAGCGCCUGAAGCGCACAUCCCAGAAGGUGGACACCGCACUGAAGCAGCUGGGGCAGAUUAGAGAGUACGAGCGGCGUCUGAAGGGGCUGGAGAAAGAGGUCCAACAGUGUACUCGCGUCCUGAGUUGGGUGGCUGAGGCCCUUAGCAGCUCUGCCUUGCUGCCUCCAGGGGGGCCGCCCCCUCCAAGCCCACCUGGGUCCAAAGACUGAGUGUUCCUGGUGGAUUUCUAGGUAUCUGCAUCUGGAGGGUUCAUUCCGAGAGCUGGGCCCGGCCUGCCUCAACCUACACAGCGGGCGGCCUUAUCCUCACCGCGGCCCCCAACCUCACAAUGUCGCCAUAGGCCUGGCUCCUCCCAGAGGCAGCCCCGCCUUGGGUGGAUCAAACUCUGAGCUGGCAACACUGGACCCUGCCACACGCAGAGGAGGCCAGAGGGUCCUGGGGUUACAGGGACCACAGACCCUGUUCACAGCUUCCCCACAAUGGGGAAAAUAAAGCCAUUUGACAG